AUGGCGCUGGAGGACAGCGCCCGCUGCAUUUUGGGUAACCACGAUUUGCACUUUUUGGCCACUUACCACGGGGUACGCAAGGCUAAAAAGGCCGACACCCUCAAGCCCAUACUCAAAGCAAAGGAUGCAGACACCUUGGUCAACUGGGUGCGCGUAUGCCCUUUGGUGCGGGAAGAGGAGGGCAUUUUGAUGGUGCAUGCCGGCGUGCUGCCACAGUGGAGCUGCAGCCAAGCCAUGGGCUUUGCGGCAGAAGUGCAGGAUGCCUUGCUCAGCCGGGACUAUACCGAUUUCCUAUCUGCCAUGUAUGGCAAUGAACCCAAGCGCUGGAGCGACAAACUCAAAGGCGAUGAACGUUUGCGCAUGAUUGUGAACGCCUUAACCCGUUUGCGUUUUUGUACGGCCGAUGGGGAAAUGGAUUUUGAAACCAAAGAGGGUGCAGGCUCGGCCCCCAAGGGUUUUAUGCCCUGGUUUGAAGUGCCCGGUCGGGCCACUGCGCAAGACACCAUCGCCUGCGGGCACUGGUCCACCUUAGGCUUUAUUGAUCAUCCCCUGGUGCUGACCCUGGAUACCGGCUGCGUGUGGGGUGGCUGCCUUUCAGCCAUGCGUUUUGAUGGCGGGCGGCGCGAGUUAUUGCAAAUCGAAUGCGGGGAAUUACCGGGUGUACUAAGACCAAGC